AGUGUUAAUUUCACAGCGGUGUUGGCCAGUAGCGAGUUCGUUUCCAGACCCAGACCAACCUGUUACCACGUCAAAGUCAAAAACUGCACCAUACGACCAAUUAAAUAAACCAAUCCCAGCUGCGAAUACCGUAAACGCAAAAUCUUCAGCAAUAUCGUUAAAUUGAUCAAACAAUAAAAUGUGUGGAAUAUUCGCUUAUUUGAAUUACCUAACACCAAAGUCACGACAGGAGGUGUUGGAUCUGCUGGUGACAGGAUUGAAGCGACUAGAAUAUCGUGGAUAUGACUCCACGGGCGUAGCUAUAGACUCACUGGACAACAAGGAUAUUAUAAUGGUUAAGCGCACUGGCAAGGUCAAAGUGCUGGAGGAUGCCAUUCAAGAGCACUUUAGCGGGGAUGAUUACAGCGAGCCGGUGCUCAACCACGUGGGCAUCGCACACACUCGCUGGGCCACCCACGGAGUUCCCUGCGAGCGGAACUCUCAUCCACAACGCUCUGACGAUGGCAACAGCUUUGUUGUGGUUCACAAUGGAAUCAUCACCAACUACAAUGACGUGAAGACCUUCCUGGCGAAGAAGGGCUACGAAUUCGAGUCGGACACGGACACAGAAGUGUUUGCCAAGCUGGUGCAUCACCUCUGGAAAAAGCAUCCCAACUACUCGUUCCGCGAACUGGUCGAGCAGGCCAUACAACAAGUGGAGGGCGCAUUUGCCAUUGCUGUCAAGUCGAAGCAUUUCCCCGGCGAGUGUGUUGCCUCGAGACGCAGCUCCCCUCUGCUGGUCGCAAUUAAGACAAGGACCCGUCUGGCUGGUGAUCACAUUCCCAUCCUAUACGGCAAAGAUGACAAGAAGCAGAGCUCCGAUCAAGAUGCCGACUCUGGUAAGGCCGUAGAGUUGCGCCCGCAUGGACAAACUCGUGAAUUACCAGUGUUGCCACGUUCGGAUAGCACCGCGGAGUUCAUGCCGCUCGAGGAGAAGGAGGUGGAAUACUUCUUUGCGUCGGAUGCCUCUGCUGUCAUUGAGCACACUAACCGUGUCAUCUACUUGGAGGACGAUGAUGUGGCUGCUGUGAGAGAUGGCACACUGAGCAUCCAUCGUCUGAAGAAGAGCCUGGACGAUCCGCAUGCCCGUGAGAUUACCACACUGAAAAUGGAAAUACAGCAGAUCAUGAAGGGCAACUACGACUACUUCAUGCAGAAGGAGAUCUUUGAGCAGCCCGAGUCGGUGGUGAACACAAUGCGUGGUCGCGUCCGUUUCGAUGGCACCACCAUCGUGCUGGGCGGCAUUAAGGACUACAUUCCGGAGAUCAAACGUUGUCGCCGCUUAAUGCUGAUCGGAUGCGGAACAUCCUAUCACAGUGCCGUGGCUACACGACAGCUGCUGGAGGAGCUGACCGAGCUGCCCGUUAUGGUCGAACUGGCCUCCGACUUCCUUGACCGCAACACGCCCAUUUUCCGUGACGACGUUUGCUUCUUUAUCUCGCAAUCGGGUGAAACCGCUGACACUCUGAUGGCUUUGCGGUACUGCAAGCAGCGUGGAGCUCUGAUCGUUGGCAUCACCAACACUGUGGGCAGCAGCAUAUGUCGCGAGUCGCACUGCGGCGUGCACAUCAAUGCCGGUCCCGAGAUUGGUGUCGCGUCCACCAAGGCAUAUACAUCGCAGUUCAUAUCGCUGGUCAUGUUUGCGCUGGUCAUGUCGGAGGAUCGUCUGUCGCUGCAGCAGCGUCGCCUGGAGAUUCUGCAGGCACUCUCCAAGCUUGCUGAUCAGAUUCGCGAGGUGCUCAAGCUCGACUCUAAGGUACAGGAGCUUGCUAAGGAUCUCUACCAGCAUAAGUCGCUCCUAAUCAUGGGUCGCGGCUACAAUUUCGCCACUUGUCUAGAGGGUGCUCUGAAAGUAAAGGAACUGACUUAUAUGCACAGUGAGGGCAUAAUGGCUGGUGAACUGAAACACGGUCCGUUGGCUCUCGUGGAUGAUUCGAUGCCUGUGCUGAUGAUUGUUCUGCGUGAUCCAGUUUAUGUCAAGUGCAUGAAUGCACUGCAGCAGGUCACCUCGCGCAAGGGUUGUCCAGUGAUCAUCUGCGAGGAAGGUGAUGAGGAGACAAAGGCCUUCUCUUCGCGCCAUCUUGAAAUUCCCCGCACUGUCGACUGUCUGCAGGGCAUCCUUACCGUUAUACCCAUGCAGCUGCUCUCCUACCACAUUGCUGUACUGCGCGGCUGCGACGUCGACUGUCCGCGAAACUUGGCCAAGUCGGUCACAGUGGAGUAAGCAAUCUUAUCACAGGUCGGGGACUCUCUAAGUACUUACAUAUGGCGCAUCUUAGCGCAUUCCUUCCAUGAUAAUCUCUAUAUACAACCAUACACUCACACAAAUGUGAGUAAUGAAACCUAUUCGCACAUUUAUGUGUACAUAUACAUACACGAUUUGAUUUUACCUUUUAAAUCAUAACAAUGCAAACUACUUGCUAAAAUAAAAUUGAAAUUGUUUUGUUAAAUGCA